GCUGUAAUGAGAGAUUUUAUUGGACAACUGGCUUAUUCGUCAGCGGUUCUCACUCCUCGCCUGAUCGGCGCGUCAAUGAAUUCUGCGGUCCCCCAGACCUCCUUGCAAAGCUGGGUCUUCUAGAUCUUAAAUAGGGAGGCCGGAUACUGUGAACAGGCCUGCUGUUACUGAGCUUCGUUCGCUUUUUUUUAGGCUUGCUAGUUUUUAUCGAAUGGAAUUUCCAGAUUUGAACUUCUUGUUUAUGUGUACUAGUGUGAUAAAGUGUUUUCACAGCAAUUUGACAGAUCAAAAGAAAGAGUAAUGAUAAGGAGACAUUUAGAAGCGAAACUUAGAUUUCUUUUCAAUCCUUUUUUGUUUUGGGUUCUUUCGAGCUAUAGUUAUUUUUGGAUUUUAACAGUAUAUGAUUAGCUUGUGAUUUGACCUUUCUGGUUACAUUUACAUUCUUAAAACCAUUUCCAGGUCAUCAGCACUAAUCCCACCCCUAUGAGCAUUAUGUCGGCAUUUGGUUCCAGUAUACUUUCCAGUAUGUUAAAAUCAAGGAAGCCUUUCCUUGUAUGUCAUUAUCAGACAUUUCCAGCUUUUCUAGUUCUUCAGUGCCCUUCUAAUGCUUCAAGGAAAACCCUGCAGUUAAUAAACAAGCCCGAACUCCACUGCAUAUCACCACACUUAAGCACUUUUUGUUUUUGCCCACAUGCAUAUCAUACUUCUUGUGUUUUGCUCCAAGAGACAAAGUCUGGAAUUGAUGAUUUUACCUCUCCAAAGAAUGAAACUGUGGCGCCAGCUGCAGCGUCUACUGCAACACCCACCACAUCUAAUUCUCAAGAAAAAGUAGUAGUAAAGAAGUCUUGGAGGCAGACCAUUGUGAAUGAACUCAAACAUUACUAUAAUGGAUUUCGCCAGUUAGGAAUUGACACCAAGAUUGCAGCUCGGAUGGUCUGGAGGCUAUUGCAUGGUCAGCAGCUUACAAGGAGAGAGAGGAGAAGGCUUCUUAGAACCUGUGCAGAUCUCUUUCGCCUUGUUCCCUUCAUGGUCUUUGUAAUUGUCCCAUUUAUGGAAUUUCUCCUGCCUGUAUUUCUAAAAUUCUUUCCAGAAAUGCUCCCAUCAACUUUUGAAACAGAAUCAAAAAAGGAAGAAAAACAGAAGAAAGCACUUGCCGCUAAGCUUGAGAUGGCAAAGUUCCUUCAGGAGACUAUUGCUGAGAUGGCGAGGCGAAACAAAGCACAAACAGCAAAUGAAGCCCAAAAGUUUUCAUCUUAUGUUGAACAGGUUCGGCAUACCGGAGAACAACCAGCUACAAAGGACAUAAUUCGUUUCUCUAAGCUGUUUGAGGAUGAGCUCACCUUGGAGCACUUGGAGCGCCCUCAACUGGUUGCCUUAUGCAAAUUGCUAGAACUCCAGGCAAUUGGAACUAACAAUCUCCUUCGUUUCCAGCUUCUUAUGAAGCUGAGGUCUAUCAAAGCUGAUGAUGAGAUGAUUGCUAAGGAAGGUGUGGCUGCUAUGAGUGUUAUGGAGCUUCAAGCUGCAUGUAGGAGUCGGGGGAUGCGAUCACUAGGACUAACAGAGGACCAACUUAGAGAACAACUGACACAGUGGGUGGAUCUUCAUUUAAAGGAAAAUGUUCCUCCCUCUCUUCUUUUGCUCUCCCGUGCCAUGUAUUUGACUGACAUUAAAGCAAAACCUCCCAUCAUCCCACCUGUACCAAAUAUCCAGACUGCUGCUCCUGCUGCUACAAAUACAGAAGCCCCAACUAAUGAAGAAAUAUUAACACCCACCACAGAGACCCUAAUGGAUCCAGCUGAAGUAAUUCAUGGUAUCAAGGGAGAGAGACUUGAAGAUCAGACUGCAGAAAUCAUUAGCAGCAAAUCGGCAAAGGCUGCUGAAAUUACUACUUGUAAAGGUUCAGCAGAUGCUCAGAAGUCCCAAGCCAGUGCUAAUGGCAUCUGAAGAUUGUCAGUCUAUGGAAAAUAACAAAAAAAGAAGUUAACAGAAUUGGACUAAAUUGUUCCUGACAGACCAAUUAUGUUUUUGGAAAUUGUUUGAUAAAGAUUUGCCAUAGCUGUGUUUAAAAAGAUUAAAGUCCUUACCUUAUUUAUCUUGUCAUGGUUAACAUAACUAAAUCCGUUGUUGAUUUUAAGGGUAUCUGGUGAAAAUUUUUAUAUAUAAAUUUCCAGUCACCCAAUUUUUUUCUACAUAGAUCUUAUAUGUAGAAUAAUUUAUGUGUUAAAGGCAACUUUGAUAAAAGUUACAAAUAAUGUAUAUUUACAUAUUUCAACUGCUACUAACUGUAAAAAAAAAAUAAAGUUUAUAUUUAUAAAUAUUUCUCUUAAAGGGAAUUCCAUAUAUUUUAAACCUCAUAACACAGUGAGGUAAUUUAUUAGGCCAUUUUUUAACCUGUAAGGGGAAUUUUAACUCAUUACAUAUUGUUGCUAAAAUGCAUUGCCUUUUUCUUUUUGUACCGUUUUGUUAAUGCAAUGUGUGAAAGAAUAUACUUUGUUGACAAGCAGGCUUUCUGAAGUUGAAAGUUUGUGUUUUGUUGCAGAUACUGUCAAAAUCAUUAUAAUUCUGUGUGGAAAGAAUAAGGUUAAAAUUGUUCCUUUGGCAAUUAGAUUUAGAGUUUAGUUUGACCGUGCAUAUUUUUGUGGAAGAUAGCUUUGGAGGAGGUGUGCUUGUAUGUUGUUUUAAGUUUCAGUGGUCUUAACUCAUGAACAUGUUUUUUGCAGGACUGACCAUACAAAAGACAAGCUUUUGUUCUGAGUUCACUGUAAUAAAAUAUUAUCUGCAGUUAAUGUCCGAAACAUAAUCUUGUUGGGAUAAAAAAAAGCAAUAACCCUCUGGAUGUUGCAGAGUAGCCUUAUAAAAAUCUGCAUCUAUUCCUCUAAUUAUGUCUUCUUCUAAUUGCUAAUGUUUUCUCCUUCUCUGUUUUAAAUUAAUUUUUCAUUAUGCUGGAGAUACAAUCCGAAAUCACAUCUUUGGUUGUAGAGUUCAAGAUUUUUCUCACCAAAUGUCUUUACCUGAACGAUUUAUGGCCACAAAGUCAUUCAGUACUGUGUUGAUACUUUGUUACUGAACAAAAUCUAUAAUUUAUUAUAGUAUUUAUCUUCAUUUUUAGUUUGAUACAGAAAUUAAUUUAAAACAAAGAUUUUGGAGGAUGGUUUAAACAAAUUGUUAAAAAUAGCACUCCUUAAUCAGUUCUAGAGUAUUUUUACAUUAACUUUAUCAUUUAUUACCUGUGCUGUAAUCAAAGUAAAAAGGGAAAAACAUCCCCUGUAAAUGCUGUGUAAUGUUUGUAAUUCCUUAAUACAGUCGUCUUUCUUUUUCACAUUUAUUUUAAGUUGCAAAGACAACUGAAAUCACUUUACUAUGGUGGUCUUUGUUUUUUGGUAUUUUUUUGCCUUUUGUUGUUGAAGCUUGAAUGAAGCUUUAUAUUAUAUAGAGUGUAUGACUGUUUACAUGCUAUGCAUACUUCGGUUAAACUUGUGGUUUAAUCUUAAAAGUAUACAUCUGUGUAUUACACACAUUGCUCACACAGACAUAUAUUUUUGUAUGUGUAUAUUUUCUACAGUAUAUUUAAAAAUGCAUAAAUAUAUAGCAUGUAUUCGUGAGUGUGUGUAAUAUACUGUAUAAUCCCUGUAUCACUUUACAAGAUGUUAAAUACAAGAACAUAAAAAUAAAAUGUAAAUAUUCUUAAAAGUACUACACUCAAGAGUUAAUUACUUAGAUUAUUCUAAUAUGGUGCUAAGUGACAUUUUAUGGUCUAAUACUGUAGUUUACAAAUAGAUGAGCAGAUGUCAUGCUUUGGCAUGUCAGCUUAUAACUUUGAACUAGAACAUCUAUUUCUUUAUUUAUUCCGUUCUCGUAAAAAGUAGCGUUUCUCCUGUUGUUUAGGUAAAUUCCUAAUACACAUUGAAAAAAUACCUUCAUCUACAAUAACAACUUGAUCUCUUUGAAAAUGUAUGUAUUCAGUUAAAAUAAUGUAUGUAUACUGUACUGUGCAAAGUCCACCCAAGAAGCUUAUUUAAAAUUAAUCAUCUGGACAGGGUUUAUUUGCCCAAGAAAACAAUAUAUAACAUUAGAUUAAACACAGAUAUUGGUAUAAUAAAAGUAACAAUAGUAUUUGUGGUUUUUAAAAGUAUUUUGAGUGUCCUCCCUUAGAACACAAAACUGAAGUAAUUCACUUUGGUUCACUGCUGUAUAAUUUAUUUCAAAUUGGCCUGCGGAAAAUUCUUUGAAGCUUCUUGCUUACGGAGUUUUCCAUAAUUCUUCAUUUGACUAUUUUUGUUUUUUCUUUCUUUUUUUCCUGCUGUGAAAGUGAUUCGACAGCCUCAGUCAGGUGUUACAGAGUGGCAUGCUAAAGUUUGGGCACCCUUGCUUAAAACGUCUGUUACUUUAAAGAGUUUAGUGAGCAGAAGAUGAACUGAUUACCAAAAGGCAUAAAGUUAAAGAUGACACAUUUCUUUUCAGCAUUUUAUGCAAGAUUAGUCUAUUGUUUUUGUUUUGUACAAUUGUACAGUGAAUAAAAGCACCAUGUAAAGGUUUGGGCACCCCAAGAUAUUUGAGAUCCUAGUAAACUUUUCCCACGGUCUCCGACAUUCAUUGGCUUGUUAGGGCUAUGGCUUGUUCACAGUCAUCGUAAUGUAAAUUUGCAAAGCUGUAUAAAUUCUAUGACUACUCAAACCUUGUCCCAACAAUCGGCAGCCAUGAGCUCCUUUAAGCAGCUGCCUAGCACACUGACAAAUGAUAUAAUUGAUGCUCAGAAAGCAGAAGAAGGCUACAAGAAGAUAAAGCAUUAAGAGGUAGCUGUUUCCUCAGUUUGUAUUGUUAUUAAGAAAUGGCAGUUAACAGGAACGGUGGAGGUCAAGUUGAGGUCUGAUAGCCCAAGAAAACAUUCUGAAAGAACUGCUUGCUGGAUUGCUAGAAUGGUAAAUAAAAACCCCUUUUUGACUGCAAAACACUUUCUAGAAGAUUUAGCAGGAUCUGGAGUGGUGGUGCACUGUUCUACUGUUCAGUAACACCUGGACAAAUAUACCCGUGUGGUAGAUUCAAAAGAAGAAAACCUUUCCUACAUCCUAGCCACAAAAUUCGGUGUCUAAAGUUUCCAAAAUGCAUCAGGCUUGCUUAUAGAUUUGCAGACAAGUCCUCUGGACUAAUGAAGACAAAAUAGAACACAGUUGGUCACAAUGUACAAAUGUAUGUUUGGAGUGGUGCAGAAUUCCUAGAAAAGAACAUCUCUCCAACUAUUAAGCAUGGGAGUGCAUCAAUCAUGCUUUAGGCUUGUGUUGUAGUCAGUGGCACAGGAAAUGUGUCAAUGGAAGAGAGAAGAAUGGAUUUGAAUAAAUACCAGCAAAUUCUGGAAGCAAACAUUACACCAUCUGUAUAAAAGUUGAAGUUAAAAAGAGAAUGGGUCGUACAACAAGACAAUGAUUCAAAACACACCUCAAAAUCUAUAAUGAAAUACCUCGAUAUGUAAACUGACGGUUUUGCAUGUCCCUCACAGUCCCCCUGAAGAAUCUGUUGAUGGCUUUCAAAAGAGCAGUGCAUUCAAAAUGACCUCAGAGUCUUACAGAAUUAGAAGCCUUUUGCAAGCACUGAUGGGUGAAAAUACCCAAAGUAAGAAGUGAAACUCUUAGCUUGCUAUAAAAAGUGUUUACAAGCUGUGAUUCUUUCCCAAAUGCAGUGUUGCUAAGUACAGACCACGCUGGGUGCCCAAACUUUUGCUUCUGGCAUUUUUCAUUUUUUUGGUAUUUUGUAUCUGUGAAUGAUGGAAAUAAAAUACA